GUCUCUUGCUGAUGGCUUCCUGGGCAGUAAAGGUGGCGGGCAAUGAGACAGGACCCCAUCAGAGGUGGGGUCACCGUGUAGAGAGACAGAGCCUAAAGGCCCCUCACAUCUGUGGGGGAAGGAACGGGGGGGUCCUCCACUGUCUUGUUCAUGCCUGUCCUCCACACUCUCCUUUGUGUGAUUUCCCUGGUGUUCCUUGUUCUGUGCCCAUCUUUGUCAGGGUUUGAAAGACAAGAGCUGGGGGUGUAUCCCACUUUAAAGGCAUCCCUGUCCCUCUUACCCCUUCCCCACUUGUCAGGGAAUGAAUGGGUUUGUUUACUGCCUGAGAACCUCGUGUUGUCUUUCCGCACAGGCUUGACCCACAAGUCCCAAAUGCUUUUGGGCUUCUCUGUUGCCAUGGCGACAGUGGGGGGUUGGCUACAUCCCAAGGUCGUCAUGGCAACUAUCAGAGGGGAAUCAUGCUUGGGAUGCUUUGGCUGGCUUUUUCAUGAAUGAUGAGGGUGUGUGACACAAUGCAGACUGGAGAAUGAGAAGGGCGGGCAAGGGGGCUGGCGGGCUGGCCAUGGGGACAGGGCCUGCCAGACAGCCCAGUAAGUCUGCCAGGUGGCUGGAGUUCUCUGCCUGUGUCUCUGGCUGGAUCCUCUGAACCUGCUACCCACCAGUAGCCCCCACCCCACCCAUAGGGGCCUUGGGGUCACUCUGAGGGGCUGGGGUGGCCAGGGAGGAGUGGUGAUGUCACAGCUGCAGUGUCCUUCACAGCGACACGAUUUUCUGGUGGUUCCGUCCUGGUGACAGGGCCCGGGUUAUGACGACUAAUCCCAAGCCCAACAAGGCAUUGAAGGUCAAGAAGGAGGCGGGCGAGAACGCCCCUGUUCUUAGCGAUGAUGAGCUGGUGUCCAUGUCAGUGCGGGAGCUAAACCAGCACCUGCGGGGGCUCACCAAGGAGGAGGUCACUCGGCUGAAGCAGCGGCGGCGUACACUCAAGAACAGAGGCUACGCAGCUAGCUGUCGCAUCAAGCGUGUGACACAGAAAGAGGAGCUGGAACGGCAGCGUGUGGAGCUGCAGCAGGAGGUGGAGAAGCUGGCUCGAGAGAACAGCAGCAUGCGGCUGGAGCUAGAUGCCCUGCGCUCCAAGUAUGAGGCCCUACAGACCUUCGCUCGCACCGUGGCCCGAGGGCCUGUCACACCCACCAAGGUGGCCACCACCAGUGUCAUCACCAUCGUCAAAUCUGCCGAGCUCUCCUCCACCUCUGUACCCUUCUCAGCCGCCUCCUAGUGUCUGCUGGGGCCGGGCAGGGUGCGGGCAGUGGCACAGCCCUCAUGCCUAUCCCAGGCUCCCUGGCACAGAUUCCUCAUGUCUACCUGCCCACUGUGAACCCUGCGGGGCUGAGGGUAGGGACAGCAGGGACAGGCAGAUGCAGGAUAAAAGGGAAGCUCUCAGGAGCCAGUGCCGCAAGCAACCCCCUCUCAAAUCUCUCCUUCCCCUGGGGGUGUGUUUUUAGGAGCUGGCAGGAACCACAUGGCCAACCAGGAUGAACAACUCUAGGCCCCUGCAGCAGAGUGUGAGGACUCCGUCUUCCACUUCUCCGGUGCCUGCUUGUCAGCACCGUCGGUGCUGUCCCCUCUAAGGGCCUCCAGCUGGGGUGGACACCAUUCCGCCUGUCCCUUUCUGGGCUUGGGCCUUCUUGUCCUUAUCAAAGGGCGCUACAACCUGCUUUAGCUCUUAGAUAGAGCCAGGCUCAUGUCCUGGGAAACACUUGCAGGGGCUAAUGUCUGUGUUCCUGUGUGUACACAGGCUACCAUCACAGCCUGUGAAGACUGGAAACUGCUGGCCAGGUGGCCACAUGGGAGAGCCUGUCCAGUAUGUGCGCUGAGGGUUGCACAAAUGUCAUGGAGUGUCCCUGGAGGUCUGGUUGGCUGCCCAUUGUGGUGCUGCAGGGGCCGCCUGUCCACAGAGCCAGCAAACAGCCAGACUCGGGUUCUCUGGGGCUUAGCAGAGGGGAGAGGCGUGAGAGGAGCAGGUGAAGCCUGAGAGGUGCCGAGAGAGACGUCGUCGGUGGCAGGUGAGAUGUGUGUUGCUGCAAAAAGAACAGGAACGAAGUAGACAGGGAUAGUGUGGAGUCCUGGCAGCCGAGGUCCAGGGGAUGUGGAAGAGGCCUGAGAGGCAUAGUAUUAAGGGACAGAGGCUGAGUCUGGAGGGCCUUGUGGACACACCCAUGGUAGGCAGCAUGGACCCCAGGCAGACUGUAGGUUGCAAAUACUCUGCAACUUUGGUGCCCAAUUGUUACCUGCCUUUUCCUCAUUCAUAGAGCUCUGGGGCCACUGGACAUCUUGCGCUUUUUUACUGAAGGACUCCUGUCCUCCAGGUCCUGGGGGAUAUGGUAGACAGGGAGUCAGGGGCAGGCUGAGUCACAGCCAGGCACUUAGAAAGCAAGCACUGUUGGAACCAUAGCCUUGGUAGGUAAUCCAUAUUGGAUAUCAAUAAGGACCAUGGAUAUUUAAAGAGAGAAGAUAUUAUAUAUAUAUAUAUAAAAUUAUGCACACAUUUUAUCAUACAGAUUUUUCAUAACAAUUUUCUUUCCCAGUUUGAUACUGUAGAUCUUUAUUAAUGCAGAGUAGGUUGGACAGUGGGGUGGGGAACGAAGGCCCAGGGUGCCAACAGCCUUCCUCAGUCUUUCUGUGGUGGCACUGGGCAUGCUGGGUCACUGGUGAAGCCUGCUCCAGCAGGUGUCACACUGGAUGAGUGGUCUCCGGUUGGGCUACAGUGGUAGGCAGAUGACCACUGACUGUGGCUUGCUGCCCACGCCUGGCCUGUGGUGGUCUUCCUGGGCAGAGGCUCUAUAUUCUUGGCCUCCAGGGUAGACAGGGCUGUCAGUGCUACCUGGAGCACCUGUGCAGGGCACCUGCCUGGAGGGGCUGGGAAGGGUGUGAGCGCGCCCUGUGGCAUUGUGUCACUGAAAUUUCAUUGUCACAAUUUAAUAUAUGGACAUUUUUAUUUAAAGAUAAAAGUGAAUUUUCUGUCUUGUUCCUUUGACUUCUGAAAGUAAGCUUUAACUUUUUCAAAAGGUGACAGGGACACAUGCUGUCCACGCAGAGACCUGGCAUCCUCAGCCACCUGCCACUUGGCAAUUUCAUUUCAAUAUUUAUUUUUUUGUGCUUUUUUUUCUCCCAUGUUAUAAAUUAUUGAGAAAAGAUCAAGAUCACAGACUGUUGGCCCCCUGUCUGCCCCCUGCCUCAUGGCCACCAUCUAAUUUAUUGCUGUACAUGUUGCCGUGACUGCUUUUGUAUCUUUGCAAUAAAGAAUUUCCUGUUUGGGA